AUGAGACUUACUGGACUUGUUACGGCUUUGAAUCCGGCCACGGUCGUGGCCUUGUCCAUCAGCGGCCGUGGUUCUCCUUUGGAAGCCCGAGAAAGGCCAAGCCUCGCCCAGACUUACGAGAAUCUCGCAGCGCUUGAUGUUGUCAACGGCACCGGAUGUACAAUCAACGGGGACGAAGUGCCUGAACAGAGGCGCGCAGACACAGACAGGAGCUGUGCCAAUCAACAGCAACAGGUCGACUCGGCGCUUGCACAAUGCAUCCAGCUAGCAAAGAGAGCCGAGCAGGACGCCAAAGACGGAUCACCUACUUUUCAGCAAUACUUCAAGACCAACGAUGCCAACACCCGCAACCGGGUGGCACAAUCCUUUGCCAAGAUUGCUGCUGGCUGCGGCCAUGAUGGGAACCAACCCAUCAAGGUUGAGUGCACCCCGAAUGAGCCAUGCUUUCUUCCGCAGAGCGGCAACUUGGAGCUGGCGGCCGUGGCAACCAUCACGUCGGGCACUCCGGGGUCGAUUCGGCUCUGCCGCAGUGCCUUUGACAUGCCCGCGGGUGGUCGUCAGCGCCGUCAGAACCAGGGCCAGGGCUGCGGAAACACUCUCACCAACUUGGACGAAUUGUUUGUACACGAGAUGUCCCAUACGACAGUGGCCACUGGCGAUAUUGCCUAUGGCAAGCAAAAGUCCAAGCAACUUGACACGGACAGCAGUCUAGAAAAUGCUGACAACUACGCGCUCUAUGCCGGAGACAUUGCAAAGAAUUGCAACGGCGCCGGAACAGGUAAUGGGAACCGGCCGCCAAACAACGGAGAUGACGGCGACAAUGAGUCUCCCAACGGUGGGAAUGGCCGGCCUCCUACCGGCGUUCCGGGCAACACCGGCGGACCAUCAAACAGACCUCCAAAUAACAAACCUCCAACUGGCGGACCAUCAAGCAGACCCCCGAAUAACAAACCCCCAACUACCGGGCCGUCGAAUGACUUUCCCGGUUUUGAUAACCAGAUCGACAAUGACGACAACUUUCAGUCGGGAGGCAACAACAAUAACGGACCGUCAAACAAACCCCCAACUAACGGACCAUCAAAUAACGGACCUUUCAAUAACGGACCUUUUAAUAACGGACCUUUCGAUAACGGACCCUCCAAUAAUGGACCCCCGAAUAACGGACCCGAUUUUGAUGGCCAGUUCUCCAAUAACAACAACGUCCAGCAGGGAGGGAACAACAAUGACUUUGACCUCGACCCUAGCAUUAUAUCUGAAAUCCUUGGAUCCAACGAUUUUGAGGUGGUCCCAGCUGGAAAAUAG